AUGGCUUUAUUCUUUCCAAGUCAUCAACCGGCCAACAUGCAUCUUCCCUCUGCCCUCCUCCUCUCCGCCCUGGGGGCCUCAGUCCUGGCCCACCCCGGCCACCACAUCAGCGCCCGCGAAGUCGCCCGCCGCUCCGAGAUGGCCCUCAAGUGCCGCGACCACGUCGCAAACUACCACGCCCGCCGCUGGGACCGCAACCUAGCCCGCCGCUGGCACGACAAGACAGCGCAGUACACCAUCCAAACCGAAGCGCCGUACUACCCCACCAUCCAGAACGACACCUGCGUCCUGACACCGGAGGUCACGCAGGGCCCCUACGUGUAUCCCCCCUCGCAGACGCUCCGCCAGGACAUGGCCGAGGACCAGCCCGGAGUGCCGCUGUGGCUGGACAUCGGGGUGCUGGACAUGGCCACCUGCGCGCCGCUGGCCAACGCCCUCGUCGACAUGUGGCACUGCAACGCGACGGGCUCGUACUCGAGCUUCACGGGCCUGUCGCCCAACACGCCUUUCCCGACGCUGCUGGAGGAGCUGGACGUCGACAUGGACGACUACGAGAUUGGGGUCACGGACCUGCACACCGACCACAGCACCUUCCUGCGCGGGAUGUGGCCGACCGAUCGGAACGGCAUGAUGGAGAUGAAGACGAUUUUCCCUGGCUUCUACGUCGAACGCGCAAUCCACAUCCACGUGCAGGUCCACACCAACUGGACGGCCCGCGCCAACGGCACAAUCGUCACCGGCGACACCGUCAGCACGGGGCAGCUGUACUUCGCCGAGGAAUUGGAGGCGCAGAUCAUGGCGCUGGAGCCGUAUGCCUCGCACACGCAGAUCAACCGCACCACCAACGCCGACGACAGCGUCUACUUCCAGGAUACGGAUGGCGGGUUCAACCCGGUUAUCAGUGUGGUGCCGGUGGAUGGGGAGGAUGUGUCGAAGGGCAUGAUUGGGUAUGUUACGCUUGGUGUUGAUAGCACUGCUAUUGAGGAGGCGUAA